CUAUUUGUCAUGGAUGGUCUUCCCGGUCCCCAGCAGUGGAGGGAACCUAGCAAGUCACAUCCGGGAAAGGGGAGUGCAAGGGGCGGAGCUCGCCCCAGAGAAAAGACCCCGCCUGCCACCAGCGUCCUACUGCGGCAACAUCACAGUCCUGCCGGUGCUCUCCGGGCCUCUCCAUCCAGAGAUUCAGUAGGAGAUGGCGGGCGAGGGAAUUGGGGUUCUGGAGCUGGCCGCCCAUCCGCCGCCUGGGCAAGAGCAGGAUGUGCGCCUCGUCCCGGCGUCCAGCGCCCCCGGAGCAGGGGCACACGGAUCCUCCGACCCCGCAGCCAGCCCCGGGACCACAUUGCCUGCCCCAGAAAACACUGGAGAGGCCCCCACCUCCAGCGUCCUGAGCCCAGAGGGCUGUAUGCAGGGAUGGGGGACUCAGGUGGGGACCGGAGGGAAGGCCCAGGAAGUGACGACUGAGGAGGCCACCGUAGCCGCGGAGAAGCCUGUGGAGGUGGGGGAGAAGCUGGAGUGGGUUGCAGAGGCCCAAGCAAACUUGGGGAUUCUGGACCUAGGGGCCCUUAUCGUAGACCCGCUGGAGGCCAUCCAAUGGGAGCUGGAGGUCAUGAGUGCCCAGGCUGACGGGGCCUACCUUCCGCUGGAGCGCAGGUUUGGGAGGAUGCGCCGUUUGCACCUAGCCCGCCGGAGCUUCAUCAUUCAAAACAUUCCAGGCUUUUGGGUCACUGCCUUCCUGAACCACCCACAGCUGUCAACCAUGAUCAGCCCUAGGGAUGAAGACAUGCUUGGCUAUUUGAUGAAUUUGGAGGUGAGGGAGCUCAGACACACCAGAACAGGUUGCAAGUUCAAGUUCCUGUUUGGGAGCAACCCCUACUUCCAAAAUGAGAUGAUAGUGAAGGAGUAUGAGUGUAGACCUUCAGGCCGGGUGGUGUCCAUGGCGACUCGCAUCCGCUGGCACCGAGGCCAGGAACCUCCGGCCUUGGUGAACAGGAACCGUGAUACCAUGCGAAGCUUCUUCAGCUGGUUUUCACAGCAUAGCCUUGCAGAGACUGACAGGGUGGCCCAGAUCAUUAAAGAUGACCUGUGGCCCAACCCUUUGCAGUACUACUUACUGGGGCAAAGGCCCUACAGAGCUAGACCAGGCUUUGCAAGGUGGUCGCCAGAGGCUCUACGUAGGCCCUAUGCGUUCCAGUCUGGCUAAGUCCUGCUCCAAUACAUGGCGCCUCCAUAGGACUACUCCUCUGCCUGUGAGCCUACCUAUGUUCAUGUCAGAGCUCUGCUGUUUGCUUCCUCUCUUGUGAAUUCUGGCUCUUCAGCAUGUUUGGUGGACUCAGGGCCAAAGUUGUGACAUUGUGUGAUCUCAUAUGCCACUGCAUUUAGAGUGGGCACCCAACGCUAUGGACUUGUACUACCAUCCAGUGCGUGGCCUGGAUCCACCUGUAAAACUUGGCCUUUCUACUCACUGGACACCGUUACCUAUAGGGCUUCACAAGGACCAGAGCCUGUUUGAGGCCUAGUGCUUCAAAGCUACAAUAUGCUGGGCUUCACAGCUGUGCCGCCGACUGUCCCAAACUGAGGCUUAUCACCCAAGAGGAAGCACAUGUGGUCCUGGCAGUCAACCAGACUUGGAUAGCCCAUGGCUCCAGGACCACAGAGCAGUUUCCUAUUCACUGGAUUGUUGGGCAUCUGCAACCUGGGCAACCAGAUGAUCAGACAUGGGUGAGGCCUAGGGCCUGAAGCAAUGGCCGGUGCAUUGUCGUGAUCAGUACUGUUCUUUAUAUCCUGUGUGUGUCCCUCUCAUAGACUGCUGUUGGCUUGUGAAAACCCACGCUGUGCCCCACCCAUGCCUGGCCAUAGCCUUUCUGAGGAAUUUUGCCUAGCCCACCAUCACCCCUGCUGCCUGCUCUCAGGUCCGUAAGGGCCCCUUGUUAAUAUAAUGAGAGCUCCUAAUUCCAGAGAUUGCACCGGGCUGGCAUAUCUGGGCAUGUGCUCAAGGUAGGAGCCUUCCUACCUGAAGCCUCACUUCUAGACCUUCACAGAAGUCAGACCCUUUGUCAGUUUCUCCUUCACCUACCUGGUUUUAAGCUGCUAGGUUGUAAAGGGAGAGGGGCUUUCUGGCCGUGUGGCAUACACUGGCAUAGGUCUCACACGGUUUUUAAUAGGACAUCUCUGAAAUGCAUUUUCCAAAUAGCUAAGGAGACAUUUCUUGAAUCCGCCUGUCUUAGGGAUUACCAGUGCUCCCUGCCCCCUCGCCCUUGCAAGGCUUAGAAUAGUCACAGUGUACAGUGCAACGCUGGGACAAGACAACUAAUCACUUCAUUUUACACUGUGUUCUUUUAAAGAAACUUUAGUGUCUCUUCUUUGCCUCCCCUACCCCUUGUGGGUUUAUCGAUAAAAGAGGCUAAACUGCCCUGCCCCUCCGAGUCCCCUCCAGGUUGUCUCUGUCUCAUGAAAGGCCUUCCUUUCUGCUCCCUAGGACUUGGAGACAUAAAACAAUGGGGAUGGAGAACCCUCAGUCUUUGCUAGCUUGCACCCUUCCUUCCUUCCUUCCUUCCUUUUUUCCCUUUCUCUCUUUUGAUUCACCAAUAUAUUUUGUAAAUUAGAAGAGAAACAUAAUACUGUCACUUUUUGGCUGUUUUCUGGUCCAGUUAUGAGCUUGUAUGGACAGAAAGUUAAUGUGUUCUUCAUUUUGUACCUUUUGAGUAAGACCCAUGCGUCUCCUCUGCUCUUACUGGAUGACUGAGCUGUACAGGCUUGUGUGUGUUUUGCUGAGGACGUUUGUGAGAUGGCCACUGUAACUGCUCUGUGCCACUUGGACAUUUGUGACUACUCACGGCUGUUAUUGAGUUGUGGCUUGGUGCUGUAGAGUUUGAAUCUGGUGAUUUUGUGGAACUUAAUGCUGGCCAUUGUUGCUGUGUUCUGUGAGAAUAACCCCCAGAAAGAACCUGAAACCCAGCAUCUUCUGGGCCCUGCAGACCAUGUUGUAACAGACAUUUUUGUUUCCAGAUGGAAAAAUGUUCCUAGGUUACUUUGUGUAGUCAGAAGAGGGUUUGUGGCACUUUAUCUGCAACAUGAUGAUAAAGAAUAAAAACCUUUUGAUCUAGGGAAAUUAGACCAUGUUAUUCCCUGGUCUAAAAGCUUCUAUUCAUGAACAGGCAAACACAGGAACCUCCCAGGCCUUAUCACAGCUGCCCAAACCUGCCUUUGCCGACCCUUGUGGCCUCUCUACCACCUCCCUCAGUUCAUUGGUUUCUCCCGCUUCCCCCAACACACACACACAUGCACACACACGUGCGCACACGCACGCACACACACACACACACACACACACACACACACACAAACACCUUGUCACUCCUGAGAAGCUUCAGAAGUGUCCAGCUUCAGGAUUUUGCACUAGUUUUUCCCUCUUUCUGGAAAUUUUCUUCAGAUAUGGGCCUGGUUCCUUCAUCAAGUCUCAAAUACCCUCUCUUUGAAAACCUUUCCUACACCCACCUUGGGGAUAUUCUCUUUAUUACAUGUAGCUCUGCAGUGACGUUUUCACGCCUCCUUUCUUCGCUCGCUCCCAUGAAAUCAGGAGAGCAGGGACCCAUCGGUCUGCUGUUUUGCUCACGGGGUUCUCUGUCCCACAUCCCCUGUUAUCAGCAUGAAUGAGUGACUUAUCUGAGUGUGCUGGAGUGCAGUGUGAAGUUCUGACAAGAUAAGGAACAAGGCAUGGCUCCUGCCCAAAGACUGCAGUUGGGUGGAGAAGGGUGGGGUGAUGAGGGGUGACCAUACAGUUUGCCAUCCCACUGGAACACAUAUGCAAAUGAAAAAGUCACUCCUAGAAAUCACCAGGCCAAGGAGAGAGCCUAAUUCAGUCCAGCAUGGCCAGCAGUUUACCCACGCUGAAGAUGAUGGGAGGUGGGAGGCUUCUUUAAUAUAGGCAUUCUGGAGAAUGUAGACCAGACUGGCCUCUGCCUCCCAAGUACUGGAAUAAAGGCCUAAAGGUGGCCUUGGAGGAGUAGGCAAAAGUUUAAGAAGGAGAGCUCUGACUGGGGAUGUAGAUCAGUGUGAGCUCUUAGUAACUUAGCUUGUGUGAGGCUCUGGUUCCAUCCCAGCAAUGUAAAUAAAUACGAACAAAAUGUAAGUCUGGAGAAGGGAAGGGACAUUGUGGCAGGGCAGACAGCAUAAGCAGACAGACACCAAUGUGUGCAAAUGCAGUCUGUUGAACACAACUGCUGCUGGAGAUGUGUAGAGCCAGGCAAAACUUUAUUCUCUGGAUAGCAGCGAGGAGUGUCAGGUGUGGCUCACAGGGAGCAAGGAGGGAUCCCCAGUAUCUUCAGUUGGCCUUAUCUGCCUCUCCAGUUUGUAGCUCUUCUUGGAAGCCUCCAACAUUCCCACAGUAAUCUUUUAUGCAGACCUGUCUGUCGUGGAACUCACUCUGUAGAUCAGGGUGGCCUUGAACUCAGAGAACUCUGCCUGCCUCUGCCUCCUGAGAACCAGGAUUAAAGAGGCGCAGCACCAGCUGGUCAGUGGUGGCAUUGUAGGGACUGGCAUGCCAUGGUAUUUGCCUGAUUUGAGCCUGUUGAUUGUCAGGUCCACUCUGGUUCCUGCCUAAUUUGGGGCUGAGCCACCUUGUGCCCUCCCCAGUUCCUGGAUGGUGGCACUAAAGUUAAACAGGUGCUUUACCUAUUACACAGUCUACCAGGCUUCCAUCACACUGCUCAGCCCUGUGCCCUGUGCCCUGCCCUUGUGGAGCGUGAGCCUUACCCACACAAGGAACUCUUGCUUCUAUCAUGUUUGUUUAUUCACACUUUUUUUUCUUUUUUCUUUUCUUUUCUUUUUUUUUUUUUUUUUUUUGAGACAGGGUUUCACUGUGUAGUCCUGGCUGUCCUGGAACUCAUUCUGUAAACCAGGCUAUCCUCGAACUCACAGAGAUCCACCUCCUGAGUGUUGGUGUGCACCACCACUGUCUAGCUGUUUACCCACACAUCUUAACACCCUCUCUGUUUGGGCCCCUGCCCUCAGCUCAAGGGUCCAAUAGCCAUCAGCACUUAUGGAAUACCUACUGUGUCUUGGGAGUCUACAUGGCUACAAUACCGACAGUGGCUCCCUUUACCUGAGUCAGCCCAUGUCUUUCUGUUCCAAACCCUCCUGGGGCUCGGAUCUUACACGACAAAAACAAGCUGGCUCUACUUAGCCCACAAGACCCUGAAGACCUGACCUUGGCUUUCCCCUCCUUCAAACAGCCUUCCAGCCACAAGUCUCCAAACCUGGGCUUUGCCAUCCUUCUCUAGAUAUUUGCAUGGCUGGUUUCCUGAUGUGGGAUUCCCCUCUGUAUGUUGGGAAUAUGUUUUAUUACCAUUGGUUAAUAAAGAAGCUGUUUUGGGCC